CGAGUGGGUGAACCAAACAGCUGCGAGUGGGUCGCGCAUGUAAGCAUGGAAGCAACGAACGAGAAUGGGUGUCUCUGUGGGUCGAGACAGAAACGCGCAAGCUUUCUCGAUUCGUCCUGAUCUAGGCCAGCCGGCCGGCCGCAUCGGCUCGAUCGAAGAUUCCUCACUGUAUCUCAUACCCCACGACCCAGAGCAUCCAGUCGUCUGGAUCCGCCAUCAAUAAGGCACGUGAUUAAUUGCUCCCUCCCUCCCUCCCUCCCUCCCUUCUCUUUCAGAGCUCGGAUCGAGUCGAUGUCGAAAAGAAGUCCGAGGGUGGCGCUGCGCGGCCCCACGUCCUGGAUCGGACAAUGUUCCGUGUUCCACAUUUGUUUGUCGACUAGAUCCAUGAUGAUGGCGUUGGGUGAGUCACACUCCACUCUCCUCUGCCCUUGCCCUUGCCCUGCCCUGCCGUGAGCUGCCACCCCAUAGCCCACCACCGUGAUCAAGACCCGUGAUGGAGGAGCCCUCCCCCAACUGCUGCUGCUGCUGAGGGAGGGAGGGAGCGAUGCCCGCGAUCGGGUCGAAGCUUCGUGGCCAGAGUGUCGGGUCCUCCCUCCCUCGUCAAGGGGCCACCGCACCGCACCGCACCGUAUCGGCCCAUCUCCAUGCACAUCAUCAGCAUCGAAUCGCAACGAAACGCACACGAGCCCGUGUCCGACUGGCGCAUAAAUCUUAUGGCGGUCGAAGACUUUUUCGCCAACUCCACCCUCGCCUUGCUCGAUUGCCCUUCGCCGCCCGCCAGGGCCCUUCGCUGUGCACCCAGACAGGGGGCCUGGCUUGGGAAGGCAGCCAAGUGGGGCCCCGCCCCGACGAGCAAGAGGAGAAGGUAUUUUUCAACACCUCGGACGAAUUCGCCCCCGGCAUGUGGAUCCAGAGUUGUGCCGAUUAGUCAAUGCGGCUGGUCUGCUGCUCGCCCUUCCCCGAUCGAAUCACAUCGCUAUAUCAUCACACUCGAUUGUUAAUUCUUUCGCCUCCGAGCGAGCUCAGGCAUUUGUCGUACCCCGCUACUAGCGCCGGCCCGGCUCGGCCCGGCCAGGUCAGAUCUGAUCGGUUUCUGCGGUGGGCUUUGAUAGCUUUCGCAAGCAUGCACUCACUGCCCAUCGCAUCACGCCUGUAGCUGUAGCUUGGUCCGCAGCGAGUAACUAAAUUAUGCUGCCUUGUCUCCGUACUUGCUGAUGGAUGGAUGGAUGGAUGCAUCCACGACCAGGCCCAGAUGCCCUGAUAAUUCUAUCGGCAGCAAAUGUUGGUACAAAUCGUGAUCUUAUAUCCUGUUUAUGCCUCGUUCGCGAGUUUGUACCGUGGAGUCAUUCGUGCUUUAUCAUGUACAGGCAAACCUGUACACGAUAAGGUUUGGCUAUGACGAUUCGGCACUUAAGUAGGGCUCUGUGUAAACCACGACCUUACUUAUGAGCUCAUCGUCGUACUACUCGCUGUGUACAAGGUUUCCAUGUAUAUCCAGUGUACGAUGGACUGGAUGUGAUUGAACCAUCGAUCAACGACAUUCUUGUCCUUUCUGGAGGAGGAUGUCAACACUCUCUCUCUCUGUACUUGCCACCUCUUACACCGGUGUGUACAGUUAGUCGUCCUCCUGCGAUCUGAUGCUGUUUAGAACGCUGCAGUUAGUUGGUUAGCAACGAUGUUCUGUGCCCAGGCCGCGCCAUUGAAAUUAUUGCUCGUGAUACGCAUGGAGAUCUAUGCAGUUAUCUGUGUUCGACACGGGAGAGACCGGAAACGUUUGAGUAGAAUCGGAAAUUGGAUGGGAAUCAUCGGGCCCAAUAGUGAAGCAUUGGCAUUGUCUUGCUCACUGUCAGGUCGAGUGCCAUAGUACAACGCAGCAUCAUCUUGUCAAGGAUGCCCAUGUGGACGAGCAAGGUGGUCCACAUGGUCUUGGCAGGGCACACCAUUGACCCAACGGAAUCUGAGCGAAACGCCCGACUUCAGACUGCACCUCCUCGCCACUGUAGUCGUCAGAUACCAUCGUUGUCUCUGUGCUCUGCUCUAGGUUAGCACGGUCAUACAGGACAUUCUCUUUUAAGUCCAAAAUUUUGGUGUGUGCGUGUGGGAACACACACGCGAGGUGAAUCCCAUCCAGACUCAGAAUCCUUUUCCCAGAGAUGGAGCAGUGCUGGAAUCACCUUAUUAAAUAAAUCCAUCGAGCUUUGUUCUGUACGUGAAAGCAAUACCACGAUCCGGGUGUAAGCCCUCCACCUUCACCGAUCCCAGCCACAGAUGGAUCUCAAUGAAUUUCCAAGUGCUGGCUUUCGAGGGAUUCUUUUCUCGAGCCCCAAGACGAUUUUCGCGAGAUUUAGUUGGAUGGAGACAGGACAGACACCAAGAAAUGAAUCUUUCAGGGGAUUUGGAGGCCAUUUGUUGCUCUGCGUGUUUAGACUCCGAAACUCCACUCCACGUGACUUGGAGCCAGAUUAAGAGUUGAAAAACAAGUCCGUUAUCAUGGACAGGAACACAAGCUGGAGCAUAUGACCUGUGUCUGAAAGUUCAUGGAGAUCGAACUCAUGAAAGACGUGAUUUUUUUAACUUGGUUUGUGACCGACAUCCUUAUGUCUUAUAUCCUGCAUGUGGUUUCUAUGCUGUAUAUUGAUAUUUUACGCAACGAUCAUGAUUGGAGGAAAGAUUCUCGCUGUUCACUUCCUCGAUGUUGCAUCAAGAUCAUGUCUCACGACAAGAUCUGCCCAUUCUCUCACUCUGCUCUGCUCUGCUAGUGCAGAGUGAAAGAGCAUUUCCGUCUAUGUUCCUAAUCGCAUGGCCAUGCCUAUUGGCUGUGAUCACAAGCCUGCCUGGUGAAUUAUGUUCAUAAACUGCUCACUUCAAGCUGCAACAGGCUCACGCAAAAUACGGCUAACCGGCCUUGUUUAUCGUUACCCUGUCUGACAGUAGUGCACUGUAAUGGGACUUACCUCACGUCUUUCGCACUCCUUCAAACGUGAUCGUUACUCAGGACGCCCAAUCUUUUGAGCUUUUCCAGCUGCUUCAGUAAAUCGAGGCCAAAUGGUGCAAGGGGUUCGACAGAUUAUACGUUGUAUCAGGACAUUCUCUCCCAUCUCACCCCCCGUCUGGUUCUUGCUGUAAUAUUCUCCCAGUCUUAAGGCCUCGUUGACAAUACAAAUUCAUUCAUGGUCACGACCAUUAAUUCUGUACAUUAAUUUAUGGUACAUGCAUAAAAUCGUUAAGUGAAGUUUGGGCAGCUUUGAAGUGCACGAGUUCUCGAGACUGUGUAUGGAGUGACAACCUCGCAUCUGCAUGUCUGGAUCUCUUACCACUCAUUGAUCCUACCGGAUAUGAUUAGUUUUACUGCUAAGUGCAGUGUCUGCUGGGUGC